AUGCCGGCGGGUGGCACAGUUCUGGGAAAUGGUGAGUGACGUAAUUAAAGAAAUCACCAAGACCCACUUUCCACCCUCAGUCAUGGGUUACCUACUCCAUAUAUUCCCCAAAUCUUUCCCCAAACCAGUUCAUAAACUAAUAUUCUUAACCUUGACUGCAGCAACUAAUCUACUAGCGAGAAACCGGAUAGCUGCAACGAUACCCUGUAAAGCUGAACUGCUGGACACAAUCUCCACAAAUGUAGAAUAUGAAGAGGCAACAAUACUUCAAUCACACGUAGGGAAAACACAGAGUGAAAUAUCCCGUCUUUGGCAGACACACAGGGAGGGACACAUUCCCGAUACCCUAACUGCCCCAAGUACUCCAUAAGGACGGUUUCUCAUGGAAAACAAUACCAGGUAUAAUGGGGGACGCUUGGUCGGGGGUUAUGUAAAAACAAGAGACAUAGUACAAGGGCAAAAUCCAAUACUGGAUAAGUAGAAAAGCUUUAUGAGGCUACAUGUAGCGAUAAAGAGAAAAAGCUCUGCAUGGGUUCAAAGUUAUAUUAUUUAUAUGUUUGCAAGAAUGUUUAUGUUACUGUUUUAUACCCACUGAGACAUUGGAAACAACAGUGCAGACCCAACGAGAGGUCAGGAUUGACAGGCGUGGUGGGGGUGUGAUGCAGAAGCCCAGGCACACAAGGGUGAUCCCCCAAAACUCAGGACCACUCACUCAGGGAAAUGACACCACACACCAGCGUAGCAACAACUCAAGGCCUACAUGGAAUGCAAUACACCACAACAUUGCUUUAUAUCACCUAUAUGGGGGAGCCGAACCUCCGAAUGCCAACACUACAUACACAAGGCAUUUCAGGGUAAAUGACAAGUCACAGGGUAGCGAUUGCCCAAUAUAGUGAUCGUACCUCAAACAGGUUAACUAUUUAACGGGGUUUGGGUGAGGGCUUUGAGAAGAGGGAGGUAUACCCAUGUAAGACAAUUAUGAGAAACAUAGCUGACACUCGACCAACAGACUUCAAUAACAUAACUGGCAGAAAUAUGUCAAUAUGUGUGAAUUUCCAGAAUGGUGUCAACUUACUGUAAAAUCUGCAUAUAUGGAUGUAUGACUAAUUUGUACCAAGAUUUAUGAUCCCCCACCCACUUUUUCUGUACCCUAUUGUCUUUUUGAAUGACAGAACAAAAACCAAUAAAAAUGUUACAUUUGAAAAAAAUAAAAAAAAAUAAUAUUAAUAAGCUCUCAGAAUGCCAAAGACAACUCUCUGUUAUGUAAUGUAAUGUAUGUAUAACAGAUAUGGAUGAAGGGACGGAUAGAUGGAUAAACGGAUGGAUGGAUUGAUGGAUGGACAGAUAAAUGAUAGACAGACAUACAGACAUAUAGAUACCAUUAUUUUACACUAUAAUUCAAUAUGUAAUUGUUCAUAUUCAGCAAGUUGUUGCGAAAUUUGGAAUAAUUUGUGACAAUCCAGAGGAAAUAUUUUGGAGAAUAUUAAUAAUAUUUACUCUUUAUAGUUUUUAUACCCACUUCCAAGCUGAGCUAAGAGAGUUUGACACAGAUUAGAAUUAGUCAGAAAGUGCCUCCUUGACCCUGAAAUAUGUCAAAAACGGCAAUUCCUAAAUUAAUCUUAAUCCCAGGAUCCCCACACACUGGAUGACUCUCACACCAAAGGCCACUGAGGGAGGGAAGGGGGGAGUUUGCACCCCUCUGUUUGAUAAUACAUGAUAUUUCUUAUGUGGCUUGGAGAGGGAGAAUGAUUUCUGUCAUUUCAUUUGGAAAGACGGGUAAUAAAUCGUACAUUACAAUUCUGGGAAUUUCCCCCCCACAUUUUGCAAUUUGGAGCCACAUUUGGAAAGGCCCACAGAACGCACUGGGCUGUAUUAUAAGACGCUAUUUACUAAUUGGUGAAUUGUAUCGAAUUUUUAUCCAAAUGGCAAAGACCAGACGGUGACUUCAGGAUUGCUCUCUAAAUGGCAAAUAGGAGAAAAUAAAACCACCAUCUGGGCUGAACCAGCCGAGCUGUCAAUAGACCUGAGAUUAAUACAUUACAAGAUCAGUUCUUUAUAUUUACUUUUUUCCAUUGGGUUUUUGAUUCGCAACAUUUUUGGAAUUUAUUGUAUAAACCCCUUGCACUAAUUCAUAGAGUUAAUUGCUGCAUUGAAAAUAGUAAUAACAUAUAUACAAUAAUAAUAAUAAUAAAAUCUAAUAAUAAUAUUAAUAACAUAUAUACAAUAAUAAUAAUAAUAAAAUCUAAUAAUAAUAUUAAUAACAUAUAUACAAUAAUAAUAAUAAUAAAAUAUAAUAAUAAUAAUAACAUAUAUACAAUAAUAGUAAUAAAAUAUAAUAAUAAUAAUAUUAAUAACAUAUAUACAAUAAUAAUAAUAAUAAAAUAUAAUAAUAACAUAUAUACAAUAAUAAUAAUAAUAAUAAUAAAAUAUAAUAAUAAUAAUAACAUAUAUAAAAUAAUAAUAAUAAAAUAUAAUAAUAAUAAUAAUAGUAAUAACAUAUAUACAAUAAUAAAAUAAUAACAUAUAAUAUUAAUAACAUAUAUACAAUAAUAACAAUAGUAAUAACAGAUAUACAAUAAUAAUAAUAAUAAUAAUAAUAACACACACACAGAGAGCAUGGUAAGAUUGUAUUUAUUGUACAGAAUAUUUUACAGAUGUUACUGUUUAUCCAUUUAAUCUAUUUUUAAACCUUGUUAAAUGGUUAAUGAUCCUGGACUCAUUGUUUUCAUUGAUCCCUUCUUCCUCUCCCUUGAGUGAUGGAUUUUAGGUAGUUCUCCCCCCUCCCCCCCCCAGGCUGCCAUCUGACCCCCUGAUAAGAAUCCAGCACCAAGGACCCUGCGUGACGUCACGGAAACUCUGCCCCUUGGAGAACUGGAGAGGGAAUGCAACGUCACAGCCCAGACAGCCAAUGAGAGGGCGGCUGAGAGUAUAUAGAAUGCAGGCAGGGAGAAGCUGGACACAUUGUAUACACUAAGAGUCUCCAGAUUCCACUGCAAGGACAAGGUGAGUGACACCCCCAGCAUCAUAGCACCCCCAAACCUCUAUCACCCCACUUUAAUCUUCCAGUAUAACAGCACCCCCAAACUGCUAUCACCCCACUAAAACUUUCCAGCAUCAUAGCACCCCCUAACUUCUAUCACCCCACUUUAAUCUUCCAGUAUAACAGCACCACACUAAAACCUUCCAGUAUCAUAGCACCCCCAAACUUCUAUCACCCCACUAUAACAUUCCAUAAUCAAUGUACCCCCAAACUGCUAUCACCCCACUAAAACCUUCCAGUAUCAUAGCACCCCCAAACUUCUAUCACCCCACUAUAACAUUCCAUAAUCAAUGUACCCCCAAACUGCUAUCACCCCACUAUAAACUUCCAGCAUCAUAGCACCCCCAAACUCCCAUCACCCCACUAUAACCUUCCAGUAAUAUAGCACCCCCAAACUUUUCACCCACUUUACCCCACAGCAUCAAUGUACCUCCAAACCUCUAUCACCCCACUUUAAUCCCCUCUUUUCAACUCACAAAACUCAAACUCAAAAAUCAGUUUUAAGUUCAGCCCCAUCCUGGCCCAGUGCACCCAGAAUUGCAGCCCAAUCUCUUUGCUACCUCUUUCCAAUCUCAGAUAAACAGAUUGAGGUUUUAGGAAAGUUCAUGUUAUUUGGCUUUUUAUAAUUAAUGAGAGAAAACAUUAUCUAAACUCGUUACUGCUUAUUGAAUACUGCCAGUUAUUAUUAAAUCAUAUUUUAUUGACUAUUUUGUGACAAAUCUGAUUUUGUACACAUUAUCUGUCAGGCAUAUAAAAUGUUCAUGAAAUGGGGGUACAUUCGCUAAACCGUAAAUAGAUGAUUUAGGGUAUAAAGCCACGCUCAGAACGAAUGUAAUGUCUUUAGUGACUGAAAUGUAAUUCUUUCCCCACCUCUGCUAUUCUGUCCUGAACUUUUGAAGUUGAUUUUAGCAAAACACAUACUUAUCUGAGGAAUAACCCCCCCAUUUCUAAAGCAUUCACUAUGAAGCCACUGCGAGGGGUCUUUAAAACCUUCAAAAUAUGAAAUUGCCAAGACCUGCUUUGACCACAUACAUCGAGCAGCUUAGUCUAUUAACUCUUUCCAGACACACACUGUGAUAUAAAGCCAUGCUGAGGUUGGUAUAUUGGCCAGAGCCUACACAGCUGGCUAUUCUGAUAACUUGCUGUAAUGUGGGGACUCUGAAGGAGUGAUUUAUUGGGAUAAUGAAAAAUGUGGGUCUGUCUGUCUAUAGCUUAUCGAUUUAUAUAUUGGGAUAAUGAAAAAUGUGGACCUGUAUGAGUCUGUCUGUCUGUCUAUAGCUUAUCGAUUAUAUAUUGGGAUAAUGAAAAAUGUGGACCUGUAUGAGCCUGUCUGUCUGUGUAUAGCUUAUUGAUUUAUAUAUUGGGAUAAUGAAAAAUGUGGACCUGUGUGUGUCUGUCUGUCUAUUAGCUUAUCGAUUAUAUAUUGGGAUAAUGAAAAAUGUGGACCUGUCUGUGUCUGUCUGUCUAUAGCUUAUCGAUUAUACAUUGGGAUAAUGAAGGGUGAGUGUCUAUAUCCCCCCCCCCCUGCAGUUUGUUGAUGGUACAUUGCGAUAAGAUGGGUGAGGGUCUGUUUAUAUAUUGAUAUCUGCAAUUUAUUGAUAAUGUUUUCCUCUGCCUUCAGAUGGAUUUAAGCAGCCUUUAUUACCAGGAUCUCUCCCCGCAGGAGGUACCGAGUUUGGAGACUGCGGCUCAAGGUAAUUCCCUUUAGGUUUCCUCACUCUUGGUGUUAAUUGAUUUAUUACAACAUGGAGUCAGUUUGGAAAACCUCAGCCUAUAUUUAGCAAUUCCCUUAUCAACUCACUAUUAACCACAUAUUAACCCUGAUAGUGCGAAUUGUCUGGGAUUCAAAGGGAAUUUCAUGUUGGGUAACAAUCGCUGGAGUGGAAAUAUUGAUAAAUAUGUUGUGUUUUUGACUUGGCUGCUUUGGUCUAAAAUGAGAAAUCCCCAAUUUAGUGAAUAACAAUACAUUUUUCUGGGCAUAGCCAGUUUGGUCUUAUUUGCUGUGCAUCAUGGGAUUUAUUGGGGAUCAUUUAUGAAACACUAAUUGAGGUGAAUUAAAACGAAAUGCUAAAUUUAGCCUAAAUGACUAAGCUGCAAGAACAUGGGAUUUGGGGAAUUUGUUUUGAAAUCCCUUAUUUUUGGCCAAGAUUUGCAGUUGUUUUCUCUUCACUCUCAGUCAGUGUUAAAUAAAGAAGCCUCUGAUCAGAUUCAAUGUUUCAUUUUUUGUGGUUGCCUUGGCACGGGCUUAUUACAAUACGGAUUAGGUUUUAUAUCAAAAAGGAAAAUCGGAUAAACACAGACUGGGCUUUGAUGUUUUUGGGGAGCAGUUUCUCUCUAUAAAUAGUUGUGUUAAUCUGCCGGGUUUUGGGGAUACAGGAGGCCUGGCCAGGGGAAGGGGGUGUUCUGUGAAGAGAUGAUGACAGUAACGUCCCUUUUCUUGCAGUUUUCAGAUAUGGGGAUCCUGGAUUUCUCCAGGGCUUGGACAGGAACCGGCUGAGUGCAGACAAGGGACUGUACCCCAACUCAAACAGCACACCCCUCUCUUCCAAUGCCUUCACAGAGCAAUCUCUGAAUUACUGGGAGCACUGCCACUCAGGUAGGGUUCUCUAUAUUACAUAGAGGGGCGAGGAUUAACCCUGUGUGGACUAGGGAGACCUUUAACCCUUUCUGUGACAUAACGAGGAGCCACACAUUACAAAGUGAUACAACUAUUUAUAUUUUAUUUUAGGGUCACUCUCUGUCCCGAACCAAGGAGAGUCUCUGUCGCCGGAUGAGUUCCUGCCAUCUUUCCAGACACUUCUACCUUCAUAUACUGGAGAGCUACAGCAGCAGUCUACCCACCAGGAGAUGUUGGGCCAUGAGGCUGGGGACUCCCUGUACUACCCCCAGCAUGAUGCUCCAAUGGAGAGCUUCUCCCACAGUUUAGGAGCGGGAAACGUGGGGGACCAGGGCUUCUCCUGGGCAUCUGAGGAGUGGCACAGCUGGGACGAGGCCACAUGGCUGAGCUGUAAUUCCUAUGAAGGUUCCACCAUGCAUCCAUCACCAGGGUUGGGCAGAAACCAGUCUUGCAUGCAGAUAAAUCACAGCUCGACAUUAAACAGAGCUCCACAGACAGGUGAGCUCCAUUAUUCUGUGUGCAGGGCUGGCAACAGGGCAAAUUAAACCAUUUGCUGUUGUAUGAAGUAUUGCUUUCAUUAUUGCAUUAUUACUGGCAGCAAAUAAUUAUCUGUAUAAUUUAAGGUCCUAUGUUAGGGAUUUGAUUGAUUCACAUUCAUGUCCAUUGUAACCCCCUCCAAAUCCCCCUGUGAAUUUGAAUCAAUCAAUGCCCAUUUUAUCCCUAUUACCAGUACCCCUAAUCCAUCUCUCCUGCUUGUGUUCACCCUACAUUCCUCCUGUGCCCAUAUCAUAUCAGAUCGUUCCAGCUAAUCCCUAUUUUAUACUGAUAGAACAUGUAUUAUCUGGGUAAAAGGCUGGUCCUGUUACCCCUUAUAGUCUUGGUUCCUCCAACGAGCUAAAAACAUCCAUCCAAUCUCUUAUCUAAACAAAGCUCUAAAUCUUAUAUUUUUUCAGGUUUUACUGUCGAUAAUUAUGGUUUCCAGCAAGCAGUCAGCCGGCCAGGGCCUCGGAGUGCCAAUGAUAAAGAGAGGUUCCAUCCUACUCAGAGAGCACCAGGAUCCAAAGACAGCAAGUCCACUCCAUCCAGUGAGUACACUUAGUAAAUCUAACAAGAAUCAGACCAUUACCGUAACCCUCGCACUGCCAGAUUGCUACGGUCGUGACAUCCCAAAAUGUAUUGCUAAAUACCAAUUAGUCCCAAAUGAUUGCUAAAUGCAGGAAACUGCGCAAGGUUUAACCUGUCAUGGGCCAGAGGCAGCGUUUAAACAAUAUUUGAUAGGUCCACCUCUGUAAAAGUUGAUUUCCUUAAAACAUUUAUUGUAUUUGAAUAAUUUGAACUUCAGAUUUCAUGAUCGUUAAACCCUAAUAGUCAAUGACAUUCCAGACGUGAUUCAAACAGACAUGUCAAACCUCAGUUUACGAAGGGGGUAAAGAGAAACUGAGUUUUAUUUUAGUGAUGUUUUGCAGUAUAUUUAUUCUGACAACUUGCGGAGAAUUCUGGGAAAAUAUUACUCACCCCUAUGGUUUCCUAAGAGAAUUUGCCCCUACCCUGACUCCUAGAGUCCUUGGUUGAUUGAUUGGUUUUUAUAAAUGAGUUUGGAGAUCAGUGCUCUAACCGGUCCCUGGCUGGGAGAUCACAGGGUUAUAUACAUAUCAAUAUGUCAGUAUGACAUCAUAUCGGGAUCUUCGCACUAUUAUAUAUGUUUUUCUUUAACUCCUGGAUCCAUGGCUUUCACUCAUCUAUUUCGUUCUUUAUUUGCAGCCGGAUCAGGUCCAAUCCAACUCUGGCAGUUCCUGUUGGAAUUAUUGCAAGACUCCACGUGCCAGAAACUGAUCAACUGGACAGGCAAUGGCUGGGAGUUCAAACUAUCAGACCCUAACGAGGUAUGCCGGGGGCACAGCAUGGUAUUGGGUGUGUACCGAGAGUUUACUUUCUGUUUAUUUUAAUUGUGGGUGGGAAGGGCUGCUCCUUGUGUUUCCUCCCCAGUCCAACAAACACGGGCAGCGGUAGUUGUGUGCCCACCGUGCUCUGGGUCUUUAUUAUACAGACUUAUCUUACACCAUCUGGCAAGCUGGGGUACUGUAUACUUAAAGGAACACUCUAGCAUUAGGAAUACACAUGUAUUCCUAACGAUAUAGAGCCCUAGUCACCUAAACCGUUAAUUAACCAUUUAUUUGUUAACCUUAAUCCAGCGCCAGACUCCCUCGGCACUGGUGACCUCCUCCAUCGUCAGCUCCCGAGUGAAGUCGCAUGCGCAGCCAGGGGCUCGCGCAUGCAUUUAAACCCGCCAUAGGAAAGCCUUACUCAAUGCUUUACUAUGGGGAUCUUAUUUGACGCUGGACUCCUUGAGGAUGUCCAGCGUCAAAAGUACGUUUUACUCUGUGUAAAUUGUGGACUCUCCUCUAGUGACAGUCAGGGAGACAGCCUUCUUUAAUGUAGGGGCAAUUAGUUAUUAAACAGUAAAUUGUUGGUAACAGCAAGAACAUUGUUAUUUCCCCCAUAUUUAGCAAAUUGUUGUUUUCAACGUGUCACUACUCACGGUUUCUGAAUGAGACCCCUCUGUUAUUUUGUAAGUUUAAUACAUAUCACUGGACUGUUAAGAGAUGGAAUUUUUUUUAGAUUUUUCUUAAUACAAAUCCCACACUAAUACCAACAGUACACACAGCGGGGAUUACACCGAAUCAGUGAGCUUGGAAUGAUGUGGAACUAAUGAGGGAACAGAAAUUUUAGGCAACAAAUCUUUAUUUUAUGUGAUUAACUUGUCUUUAAAGUUUCAGUUCUCUGCAAUUUCCAGUUUAGUGAUCUGCACUUUGCCACAACAAGUGCUGUAUAUUUAGUCUGAAACUGGAAAGAUCUAUAGUGUAGCCAAUGGGAGACAGGAUCUUGUCUUGAUGACCAUUGACUGCUGAGGCUUAUGAUGUAACACUUUGAUAUGAUGUAACCUUUAAAUGUUUCUAGAUAAAUCAAUGUGCUGAACUGAAUUUUGACAGGUGGCAAGGCGAUGGGGGAGGCGAAAGAACAAACCCAGAAUGAACUAUGAGAAGUUGAGUCGCGGAUUACGAUAUUAUUACCAUAAGAACAUAAUCCACAAGACAGGUGGUCAACGCUAUGUCUACCGAUUUGUGUGUGAUUUGCAGGACAUGCUGGCCCGACAAUCACAGGGGCCACAGCAGGAGUCAAAAAAACACGAACAAAGCCAAAUGAAUCAAUGAAAAAAAGUUUUGGUACAGAAAUAGUUUGGCCAGAGCUCACAGGGACAUUCUGGACUGUGAAUGCCCUAACCUUACAUUAAAAGGGACAUGCCA